AGGCUGGCAGCCGCGUGUCGGGCAGGGGCGCGCCGACCCGGCGAGUGGCCGGGCCGUUCUCGAACUGGGCGAGCCGCGGCAAGAAGAAGCGCACCAUCACCGCCGAGGCGGGCCGGAGGCUGAAGAGGGCGGACAGCAAGAUGAAGAUGGGGACCGUUCCGGACUACACCGGCACUUUCAACGUGUACCAGAAGGUGUUGCCUGUCAGCAUGACCCAAGAUGAGGUCCAGGCCAGGCUCUCCGAGUGGGCGCGGGCCAGCGGCGAGGGCACGCAGCUGCUCAGCAAGUCCACCUUGUUCCUCACGUGCGAGGCAAUUCUGAAGAACGAUGACAUCGGCAAUGGCUUGACAACCCAGGUCUACGUCCAUUUCGUGUUCAGCCGAGGCGGCCACAUCUACAGCGCGGUUGAGAUGCGCAGCAUGACGCAAAAGAAUUCCAUGUUGGCGUUGGGGGUCUUGUUCCUGUGGGUGCUGUUGAUGUUGGGCUUCACGUUCUACACUCCGUUCAGGGCCUUCAGCGCUUUGAAGCAUGGCGCUUGCUUGUCCCACUUCCUCCGCUUCUCGAACUUCUUCGAGUGGGUCAUCCUGCUGUGGGGGUGGGCGAUCCUGGCAAUGUUUGGCCAGGAGUUCUUGUUGAACAGGCAGUUCCUGGCGGACUACGACGACUACCUGGA